AUCAAUAUUGUCACACUCUGCGCCAGCCACCUCUUUUUCUUCUUCGAUCUAUGCGAAUUAAUUGACCCCUGAGAUUGUCGACGAUGGGGAAUUGUUGCGGGAAACCGGCAAAGUGCGCUCAUGCUUCCUCUAUUGGUGGUUUCUCUGCAGUUGCAAAUUCUCAUAGUGAUCCAAAGAAGGAUUCAGCUUCCUCCAGCCAGAAAUUACCUUCGGAAAGUUUGACCACGUCAUUUGUACCACCAAAGCCUGAUGCCUCUGUUUCCAGCAAUCUCAAGUCUUUUAAUUUUAAUGAUCUUAAGAAUGCCACCAAGAAUUUCCGCACCGAUAGUCUGCUUGGAGAGGGAGGAUUUGGGUGUGUCUUCAAAGGGUGGAUAGAUGAGAACACUUUAGCUCCAACCAAACCAGGAAUUGGGAUCGGGGUAGCCAUCAAGAAGCUCAAGGGGGAAAGCCUCCAAGGACACAAGGAAUGGCUUGCUGAAGUUAACUACUUGGGUCAGCUCCGUCAUGAGAAUCUUGUGAAACUCAUUGGCUAUUGUGCAGAAUCUGAUAACAGGCUUUUAGUUUAUGAGUACAUGCAAAAGGGGAGUUUAGAGAAUCAUCUAUUUAGAAAAUGUGUUCAACCAAUUUCAUGGGCUACAAGGAUGAGUAUUGCGAUUGGUGUAGCACGGGGAUUGACCUUCUUACAUAGUUUAGAUACCAAUGUAAUCUACCGUGAUCUGAAGGCGUCCAACAUACUGCUUGAUUCGGAUUACAAUGCAAGGCUUUCAGAUUUUGGCUUGGCAAGGGAUGGUCCUACUGGUGACAACACUCAUGUUUCAACCAAAGUUGUUGGAACUCAGGGUUAUGCUGCCCCUGAAUAUGUAGCAACAGGUCGUUUGACCCCAAAGAGCGAUGUGUACAGCUUUGGUGUUGUGUUGUUAGAGUUGCUAUCAGGAAAACGGGCUCUGGAUGAAGAGGGACCUGGAUUUGCUGAAGAAACACUGGUGGACUGGGCAAAACCAUUUCUAAGUGAUAGUAGGAGAGUAUUGAGAAUUAUGGACACAAGGUUGGGAGGGCAGUAUUCCAAGAAAGGAGCCCAAGCUGCCGCCGAACUUGCAUUGCAAUGUCUACACACAGAUCCCAAGAAUAGGCCAUCUAUGACUGAUGCUCUAAGGGCACUAGAGAAUCUUCCAACAACAAACGUAAUGAGGACAUCCCCACAUGCAAAACUGUCUCAACAUGGGACCAAACAUAUGAGCUCUCCUCACAAUCACAAGGCAAGAGCCGCAACUGUAAAUUAACUGUGAUGAGUUUUUGAAUUUCAUUUUCUCAAUCCCAAAAAUCUUGUUCCCUGCCUGCUCAAGUCAAGUCCAUGUCAAGAUAAGACUUUGACACCACUGUUGUGAAGCUAAAUGUUACAUAUCCAUGUAUACCUUGAUUAUUUGAUUUUAUAAUUUUGUUGUAUGAGUUUGUUUAAACCAUUUUAGUUACAACUUUUAUUCAUUACUUUAGACAAGAAAACACAAUGACAUGU